CCAGAACGUGACCUGUGGAGAUGUCAUUAGCCACGGGGGGCAGCGUUUCAAUGAACCUCCAUGGUCUGGGAUAAUCAUGAAAUCAUCCUGCAGCCUAUCAGGCAAUCCAGUAGGUGAAGAUUGCAAAGCUGUUAAGAAGUUAAAUAUGACAUUACAGAGCGAACUACCCGUGUUUGGAUGGAAGCACAAUGUUACAUACAGAAACAUUGCCUGUGCCAGAUGUAGCAAAGAAGAAAAAGUGACUUUCUGGGAACUCCAAGUAAAAUGCGGGAGUGGAAGAUUAGAAUUCAAUGGGUCGGACAUCAAGGCAGUUAGGACGUUUGUCAUGGACAAAAUAAACAAGUGUUCAUGGAAAUACGAGACAUCGUCCAACCAAACGCGACAUUGUGUAUUGCAUGAUACAAUAUGCGCGGUGAAUAAACAACCCUGGAUGUCUUUAGUUAAAGACCUUUGUUCUUCAUAUUCCAUGCCUUUUUCAGUUGACUAUCAAAAGGCUAAAGUAUCAUACAGGAACCCUCAUUGCGCUCUCUGUGAUCCUGAAGGACAUUCCGAGCCAGCGACCGCUCAAGGCCCAGUUAUACCCUGGUCGAUCAUCUUGGAUGUCAGCGGAAACUUUAGGAAUCCUGAAACACCAAAGACACCACAGCCAACUGGAGCAACCAAAGAAAAGUUUAACGUUACUGCCCAGAUGUUACACUGUACUUCAAACGGUAGCCAUUGCACCAUCACUAUUAAUGGGAAAACUUGCAAAGCAUUCAUUCCCGUAAAAAAUCAAUCAGCACAAAUUAAUGCAUCCCUAGACAAACACCAUGUAAUGAUACAGAGUGAACAAUUCCUCGAUAAAAAGAUUGCCAUGGACUUGAAUGGGAGCACUGUAUAUGUAUUGUGUCCAGAUGAUAAAGCUACUAACGAUUCCAACCAGGAUUUCACAGUUCUCAUUUAUAUCACAGUCAUUGGUACAACUCUAUCAAUAAUUUCACUGUGCUUUCUUCUUUUCAUUUACUUGUUUUUCAAAGAGCUAAGAAAUCUGCCUGGAAAAUGUCUCAUCAACAUUUGUGGGGCGUUACUCUGUUACCAAAUAAUUUUUUUCGCUGUUGAAAAGGCGAAUGAAGUGGACGCUCUAUGUAAGGCAGUUGCCAUUUCUCUACAUUUCUUCAUCCUCGCUGCAUUCUCGUGGAUGAGCAUUAUGGCGUUUAAUACAGCAAAUGCUUUUACCGUUAAGGCAGGCAACGCAAGGAGACAAAGCUCGAACCAGAGGAAAACCUUCAUCAAGUAUUGCAUUCUGGGAUGGGGACUUCCUGUAAUGGUUGUUGGUUUAUUUACUGUACUUGACUUCACAGGAUCAUUUCAUGUCGGAUAUGGUAAAUCGAAUUAUUGCUGGAUAUUUGGAAACACAGCCAUGAUUGUUGCUAUGGUUACCCCAGUGAGCCUUGCUUUGGUUUUCAACAUAACGUGUCUGGCGAAAAAUCUUUAUGGCAUCCAUCAGUUACAAAAGGGUGCCAGUCUAGCAGCAAACAAUUCUAAAGCUUCUCUGACCCUCAUCUGCAUCAAGUUGACCACAGUGAUGGGACUGACCUGGAUCCUAGGGCUUGCUGCUAACUGGAAACAAACUGAAUUUCUUCAUUACCCUUCCACUGUGCUGAACUGCAUGCAAGGGUUUUUCAUCGCGUUGUGCUUCACUACUUCUAAAAGAGUACGUGGACUGCUCAAGGAAAGGUUUUACCGUGGCAAAGGGUUAAAAUGCGCCGCUGAGCCCCAGUCAAAUGGCAUUCAAGACCAGAGUACAGUCAGAGAUGGCGAUACAUCUGCGGAUUUUAACAGAUUUUCUUUGGCUUCCAUGUCAACAGAACAACUGACGAAGCAUCACUCUUAAAGAUCUCACAGCACCAUAACACAGUAUGAGCCUUGAUACUGUUUCUAUACACAAGAAAACAGUUGAUUUGCUUACAGAAGUUGGUCUUACAGAUAGAGUUUAGAUUUUACCGAUAAGGAACUCUACCAAUAAAUGAGAUUAAAUAAA